AUUCCCUCUUCUUCUUCUCCUCCUUCUUCUCUAUAUAACACUCAAAAUUUCUCUUCAACCUCUUCACUCAUCAACAAUGGCGGUAGCUUCCAGACCUACACUCACAGACCUUCAUAUUCCUAAACUAUGGAAGGAGCGCGACACUACCAGCCCCGAGCGCACCAAAGUUUGGACCGAACCAAAACUCCGCACCUCCGACAGAAAAGUCCCCGUCGUUUACUAUCUCUCCCGUAAUGGCCUCCUCGAACACCCCCAUUUCAUCGAAGUCCCUCUUUCCUCCUCGGAAGGCCUAUAUCUCCGAGAUGUUAUUAAUCGUCUCAAUGUUCUUCGAGGAAAUGGAAUGGCUAGUGCGUAUUCCUGGUCUUCUAAAAGGAGCUACAAGAAUGGGUUUGUAUGGCAUGAUUUGUCUGAGAAUGAUUUCAUUUAUCCAUUGCAUGGUAAGGAAUAUGUUCUUAAAGGAUCUGAGCUUCUUCAUUCCUCUUUAGAAACCCGAGUUCAAGGCUCGGAAUCUUCCAGGUCUUUAAGACCACCUCCGGAAAUUCAUAAACUCGGUAGCGAAGAUUCCGAUUCACCGAUUCUCUCUCGCCGACGGAAUCAGUCGUGGAGUUCCGUUGAUUUUCAUGAGUAUAAAGUCUACAAGACUGAUUCUAGUUCUGACUCGUCGGCUAAAGCGGCUGCGGCGGAUGCUUCUACUCAAACUGAAGAGAAACACCGGCGGAGACGACGAGCGACGAGGGAGGAAGAGAAGGAAACAGAGGAGGUGAAUCCGACGGCGAGUACGGAGCUCAGUAGAGAAGAGAUUUCUCCACCACCGUCUGAUUCAAGCCCAGAAACUCUUGAAUCUCUGAUGAAAGCCGAUGGACGUUUGAUCAUUUCCGAAGGCGCGAAACCUAAUCGGACGACGGCGGAGAGUUUUCCGAGUGGUAGAAUGAAAGCAUCAGCGGUUCUGAUGCAAUUGAUUUCCUGUGGUUCAAUCUCGUUCAAAGACUGUGGAGCUACAUCCAUGGAUGAUCAAGAAUUAGCCGUAGUUGGUACCUGCAAAUCCAGAGGUGGGAAAGAAGAAGGAACAAAAGGGACAUCAAUGGAAGUUGUGGGUUUCUCAGGGGUAAGAUUGGAAGAGAAGGAAUAUUUCAGUGGGAGCUUAAUUGAGACCCAGAAAGUGAAGGAAACUCCAAUGGGUUUGAAGAGAUCAUCUUCUUACAAUGCUGAUAGGGGAUCACAGCUGGAAAUGUCGGAGAAAGAGAUCGAAGUAGCACGAGCAAAAUGCAUACCGAGAAAGCACAAGUCAGGCAUAGCGAAUCCAAUUAAGAAGGAGAUUGAUGGUCCUUCCAUUACAGCAAGCAAUAGUCAACAUGGAAGCAAAAGAGUCGACAUAGAACAACAAUGAGUGAGCUGAUCGAGAAAGCGAGAUUGACCCGAUACACAAUCCCUCCAUUUCUGGCAGCUUCUAAAACUCAUAAAACAAAGAGAAAGGAAGAAAAACCAAGCAGUCAACCCCCUUGUAUUCAUUCAAAUGAGAAAAGAAAAGAAGGUUAUUGUAAAAUGAGAAGAAAAAUUGAUUAGUUUAUUUGGGGUUUGUAAGUGGGGGAGUUGAAUUAUAUUGCAUUAAUGUUGAUGAAAAAAGGAGCAUUAAUCUCGAUUGUGACAAA